GCGGUAAUCCGUUCAGGUCCGCGGCCAGCGACACGAGAGGUCUGGACGAUGCCGAGUUACAAACGGGACACAUUACAAAGUGAGGAGGAUAACGGAGCUUAAUCUUUUCUUUUUAUUAACUAUAGAAAAUAAUGAUUAGCCAGAAAAAUGAUUUGUGUAAUCUUAGUUUAUAAAUCCUUGUAGAGUUGCCUCGGACCAACUUUUAUUCCACUAUUUUCCUGGAAUCCGAUGCGUUCCCCACAAAAAUAAGAAGGGGAUUCCGUCCUUACGGGGUCACACGUUGGAGUGAAAAGAGGGAAGAGUCGAGAGGAAGCUCUGCGCUCAUAGCGAGAGGACACACCGCGGGGAGUCUGGAGCUGAGAGGAUGGAGGUCCGGCCAGACAGGUUCAAGAUCGUAGCCGCCAGGACCCUCGGGAAGAUUUAUGGAGCGCUAGAGAAGAAGCAGGAGAAUGGAGAGACCCUGGAGCUGUCGGCUGAGGGCCGGCCCGAGCUGCUGGUGGAGAAGGAGAUGCCGGUGGUGGACUGCACCUGCUUCGGCCUGCCGCGCCGCUACAUCAUCGCCAUCCUGUCCGGACUCGGCUUCUGCAUCUCCUUCGGGAUCCGCUGCAACCUGGGGGUGGCCAUUGUGAGCAUGGUGAACAGCCACCGCGAGCUGCGGGACAACAAGGAGGUCAUCGUGGAGGCCCAGUUCGACUGGGACCCCGAGACGGUGGGGAUGAUCCACGGCUCUUUCUUCUGGGGCUACAUUGUCACCCAGAUCCCCGGAGGGUUCAUCUGUCAGAGGUUUGCCGCCAACAGAGUGUUCGGCUUCGCCAUCGUGGCCACGUCCUGCCUCAACAUGCUCAUCCCCUCGGCCGCCCGGAUGCACUUCGGCUGCGUCAUCCUCGUCAGGAUCUGCCAGGGCCUGGUGGAGGGCGUCUCCUAUCCAGCGUGCCAUGGAAUAUGGGCCAAAUGGGCCCCGCCCCUGGAGAGAAGUCGCCUGGCAACCACAGCCUUCUGUGGGUCCUACGCGGGCGCGGUCAUCGCCAUGCCCCUGGCCGGUAUUCUGGUGCAGUACUCCGGCUGGUCGUCGGUGUUCUACGUCUACGGUACUUUCGGGGUGCUCUGGUACUGUUUCUGGGUGCUGGUGUCCUAUGAGAGCCCGGCAGCGCACCCCACCAUCACCGAGGAGGAGAAGAACUACAUCGAGGAGAGCAUCGGGACCUCCACCAUGAACACCACCCCCGUCACGAAGUUCAACACCCCGUGGCGGGCGUUCUUCACCUCCAUGCCCGUCUACGCCAUCAUCGUGGCCAACUUCUGCCGCAGCUGGACCUUCUACCUGCUGCUCAUCAGCCAGCCCGCCUACUUUGAGGAGGUGUUUGGCUUCGAGAUCAGCAAGGUGGGCAUCGUGUCAGCCCUCCCCCACCUCGUCAUGACCAUCAUCGUACCAAUCGGAGGGCAGCUGGCUGACUACCUGCGCACCAAUCAGAUCAUGAGCACCACCAACGUCAGGAAGCUGAUGAACUGUGGAGGCUUCGGCAUGGAGGCCACUCUUCUGCUGGUGGUGGGCUUCUCCCACACCAAGGUGGUGGCCAUCAGCUUCCUGGUGCUGGCCGUGGGCUUCUCCGGAUUCGCCAUCUCAGGGUUCAACGUGAACCACCUGGACAUCGCCCCGCGCUAUGCCAGCAUCCUGAUGGGCAUCUCCAACGGCGUGGGCACGCUGUCGGGCAUGGUGUGCCCCCUGAUCGUAGGCGCCAUGACCAAGCAUAAGACCCGGCAGGAGUGGCAGGGGGUGUUCCUCAUCGCCUCCAUGGUCCAUUACGGCGGGGUCAUCUUCUACGGCCUGUUCGCGUCGGGGGAGAAGCAGUGGUGGGCCGAGCCCGAGACGCUCAGCGACGAGAAGUGCGGAAUCCUGGACGAAGACGAGCUGGGCAACGAGACGGAGGAGCUGUACCGCUCCACGGGGGGGUACGGAGCCACCAGCCAGGGAGGGGCCGACCCCAACGGGGGGGCAGCGGGGGGGGCAGGAGGGGGAGGGGGAGGAGCCGGAGGGGGAUGGGUGUCGGACUGGGACAAGACUGAGGAGUACGUCCAGCCGGCAGGAACCAAUAACUUCCUGUAUGGCGACGAACCGGAGGAGCUCAGAUGAGGAGGAGGAGGAGCAGAAGCAGCUCUGUGGACGGUUGGUGUAGCAGCACAGGAGGGGGGGUGAUGGUACUGGCGGUGCUGGUUGGAGCAGGAGGUGCUGGUUGGAGGCGUCCGACUGCAAUGUUAAAGUGAACUCUUAUAUAUUAAUAAAUCAAUAAAUAAUCAAUGUGGUCUGCCCAGCAAGGGCAGAGACUAAUGACGACAGGUUAGUGGAAGGGCGUGUGUGUCGGUGUGUGUGGUCAUGUUGGCGUGUGUUCAUGUGUGCGUGUUGGUGUUCAUGUUUGUGUGUGCUUUGUUUUUGUGUGCGACGGCGGAUCCUGUUGAGCCCAAAAGCCUCCCGGUAACGCCAGAUUAACUUCUCCAUUUGGGGUUGGGUUAACUUUUAAGAUGCGUAGUUACGUUAUGAUCCAUUUAUUUUAUGUUCUGUUUUUAUUUAAAGGGUUUUUAGUGAUAUUCAAAUCUUUCAGGUAACUAAACAGUAGGCAGAAAUUAGGUCUCAGUUAGCUAAGACCACUUUUAUCACUUAAACUAUAACCUAAUAAUCUGCAGACUUUGAGGAUUUGAACGUGUGCCAAUACGAAUGACGAGGGGUUGUGGUAUUGGUUGUGUUUAAAGGCUUACAGAAGAAAGUCCUUAACACCCACAGAGUUCAUUCAUUUAUAUUGUUUCAUGUCCGAGCAAGUCCAUGCAACAAAGAGUAGCUGCACAUGCUAGCCCCCCGGUCCCCCCCGCUGUCUGUCAGUUCAUCGGGUCCACGCUCUGAGACGGGAGGCGAGGCUCCUCUACGAGGCUCCUCUACGAGGCUCCUCUACCAGGCUCCUCUACCAGGCUCCUCUACGAGGCUCCUCUACGAGGCUCCUCUAGGAGGCUCCUCUAGGAGGCUCCUCUAGGAGGCUCCUCUACCAGGCUCCUCUAGGAGGCUCCACUAGGAGGCUCCUCUACGAGGCUCCUCUACGAGGCUCCUCUACGAGGCUCCUCUAAGAGGCUCCUCUACCAGGCUCCUCUACCAGGCUCCUCUACGAGGCUCCUCUACGAGGCUCCUGUCUCUGAUAGAGGAAGGAGCCUCGGCUCGCCUCUCAGAUCUGCUAUCACGUGUAGAUCAGAGAAUCCUUUUGACCAGCAGGACUCUGAUGAGACGGGCGUGGUGCGGGCGCCAUUUAUUUUGUAUGUAUAUAUACAUAUAUUAAUGUGUAUAUAUAUAUAUACAUAUAUAUAGUAUUUAUUUGUUUUUCUGUCAUAUAUAUAUAGGAUCUUCUGUGAAAAACAAGGCUUCUAUGUAGAAAGCCACCAGUAGUGUAAAGUUUUAACCUCACAAUAAAUAAGAAGCUAACUUAACGUUGGCAGGUGUU